AUGGCAGCAACACUAUCCUCCCUCUUCUCCCUAUCUGGGAAGACCGCCGUCGUCACUGGUGGCACACGAGGCAUUGGCCAGGCGAUGGCCUUGGCCUUGGCCGAGGCGGGCGCCGAUAUUGUCUUGAUCCAGAGAGAUGCCUCAAACACAUCCACCCGUGACGACAUCGUCAAUCGCCUAGGCCGCAAAGCCUGGAUCCACGUCGCCGAGCUGUCAGAUCGUGCCGCGAUCAAGGGCAUCAUCCCCGCAUUGACGAGCCAGGGCAUCAAACCAGAGAUUCUGCUGAACUGUGCGGGUAUCCAACGGAGACAUCCUAGCGAACAGUUCCCUGACGAGGACUGGGAUGAAGUCCUCGAGGUCAACCUAACCUCGGUCUUCGUGCUCUGCCGCGAGUUUGGUGGCUACUUGCUCGCUCGCAACGCCGCCGAGUUCCCGUCUGGUCGGCGGGGCGCCAUCAUCAACGUCGCCUCGCUGCUCACCUUCCAGGGUGGUAUCACUGUCCCAGCUUAUGCAGCGUCCAAGGGCGGAAUCGGCCAGCUGACCAAGGCGCUCUCCAACGAGUGGGUGGCCAAGGGAAUCAGCGUCAACGCCAUUGCUCCCGGAUACAUUGCCACCGACAUGAACACCGCGCUGAUCAACGAUGCGAACCGCAAUGCGGGGAUCAUGGCUCGGAUUCCAGCCGGGCGAUGGGGGAAACCCGAAGACUUCAAGGGUAUAGUAGUCUUUUUGGCGAGUUCUGCCAGUAGUUAUGUGUCGGGCGAGGUCAUUUGUGUGGACGGGGGAUGGAUGGGUCGCUGA